UAGCAUGCAUAGCAAGGAGCUAGGUCUAGGAGCUUCUUGCUUUUAGUUUUAAUCUAGAGAGGGUUGACCGACUGUAGCUGUAUGGGCCGUACGUCGUACCGCAGCUUGAUCUAACGUUCUUUGAAAUUGCAUGCAUCUUUACGAUUUAAUGGUAAAAGAUAUUUCCUGCCAUUAUGAACUCGCACAAUAAGUACCCAAAUAGACAAGGUGAACGUGGAAGGUUCAGUCUAUCUUCUGGCAGCAUUCUUGGUCCAGCUCCUAACAUUCAACGGCUAGAUGACCCAAGGUCCAUACGCUCAGGAGUAAUGAACACGUAUCAAACCGGGAGUGCUCUGAACCAGUACCAAACUGGGAAUGCUCCGAACCAGUACCAAACUGGGAAUGCUCCGAACCAGUACCAAACUGGGAAUGCUCUGAACCAGUACCAAACUGGGAAUGUUCCGAACCAGUACCAAACUGGGAAUGCUCCUAUGGUCAGUUAUCCGCAGUUGUCAAGUUAUUCUAAUAGAAAAAAUGUUGAUGAUGGAGUCAAAAGUGGAGCUGGUGACAGAAGACCAACUAGAUGGGAUACAGAUGACAAUGUCCGUGACAUGUCUAGAUCGGGAAGCAAUAGGAGUAAUAAUCACUCUCACACAAAAUCACCAGGAGGUAAAGGAAAUAAAGGAAGAGCUAACCAAGGAAGAGGAAAAUCAAAUUAUGACUCUUCGUCUGAUCGGCAACCUUAUAAGAUGGAUUACCAGUCUUCAAGCCAAAUUGGACAAGUCUCUUCCAAACCUGCUGACCUAUUCUCUCUGUCAAGAGACACACCCAGGGAUGUGCCAAGAGACAUACCUAGAGACAUACCCAGAGACAUACCCAGAGACAUAUCCAGGGAAAUCCUUGGGGACAUACCCAGGGAUAUGCCCAAGGACCCAAGGCAAAUGGAGGCUCCUAUGGACGUGUCAAGAGCAGACUUCGACUUUGGCGGAAAUUCCAAUCAGAUGAGCCCUGAUGUAACAAGUGAAUACACUGAAAAUCUGGCAGCCAAGGUUCAGAUGCAGAAGGCAUUCUUGCAAGAACAAGCCUUGCUCCUUGAGAUGGAGCGUAAUAAGAUAAUGAUGGAAAAGCAGCUAGACAUGAGGCGCCAUUUAGAAGAAUCCAGACACGAUAUGCAGUGGAUGAGUGGAAGCCGAGGACAAGAUGGAGAAGGAGGUAGAGGACUUGGUGGUGGAGGGGGUGGUAGAGGGCUACCAGGCUUUGGAGGAGGCAUAGGACAAGGUGGUGGUGGAGGCAGAGGACUGGGCAGUGGAGAAUUCAUUGGACAGCAGGGCUUUGGAGGAGGCAGAGGGCAACAAGGCUUUGGGGGAGGCAAAGCACAAGGCGGUGGUGGAAGAAAAAAACAGGGCCGUGGAGGAAAAGGACAACAGGGCUUUGGAGGAGGCAGAGGACAAGGCGGUGGAGGAGGCAGAGGACAGCAGGGCGGUGGAGGAGGAGGCAGAGGGCAGCAGGGCGGUGGAGGAGGAGGCAGAGGGCAGCAGGGCUUUGGAGGAGGAAAAGGACAAGGCAGAGGAGGCUUUGGGGGAGGCAAAGGACAGGGCGGUGGAGGAGGUAGAGGGCAGCAGGGCUUUGGAGGAAAAGGACAGGGCGGUGGUGGAGGAAAAGGACAAGGCGGUGGCGGAGGACAAGGUGUAGGAGGCAAAGGCCAACAGGGUGGUGGUAGAAAAGGCAGGCGCCAGUCAGGAGGAGACCAAGGUGGAAGAAACUUUGGUGGGACACAAAGACAGCAGAUGCAUGGUCGUGGAAGACAAGGGGGUUCCCAAGACCGGUCUCAAGACAGGAAUAACGGUGAAAAGCAACAAGGCCAGAAGCGCAAGAUGGACUCACCAGGAAACAGUGGUAAUAAGAAUCAAAUAGCAGGAGGACCACAAAAUAUUCCUCCUUUGAUGUCUCCAAAUCAACCAGCAAUGAAACGGAUGGCCUAUGGACAAAAUACGCCUGUAGAUAAGGCUGGAGAUAGAGGUCAAGCCCCUGGAAAUAAAAAAAGAAAGCGCCGCAAAGCUAAGAGACAAUCAACGUCAUCAGGUCCUGGGUUUAGCCCAAAAGGAAGGGAUGGGUCGAAUCCUGCUGCUAAGGGUGGCCUUGCAGGUUCUAUCCAUGGAGGGAAUACCAACAAGCAGGUUAAUAGUGGUGGCAACAAAGGUGGAAAACAAAACAAAUUGGGAGAUGCUGGUGUAAGCAAAGCAGAAGGGGAAUCUGCAACUGCUAAACCUGCAGACAAGACUGGUCAGUCCUUGACCAAAAAGUCUGACCAGGCUCAGGAAUCGCCUUGUACAACCAAGGCUGAUUCUGCAGCCACUGCUGAUUCCCAAACCAAAUCUGGACCAGCAUCCAAGUCAGUUCCAGAAGACCAAGUGGAAGAAUUAACCGUUUACAAUCCGAACGUCUCCGUGGGUGUACGACAUGUGGUUCCUGUUACUGGAUUCUUCUGCAAGCUGUGCCGUCGAUUCUACACCAAUGAGGCCAGCGCCUGGGUAACCCACUGUAGAACAGAGUCUCACUUCAAUGUAGUCAAGGAAUUUAACAGGCUUGAAGAAGAGAAAAAAGCUGCAAGGGAGGCCAAGGCUGCUGAGGAGGCAAAAGCUGCUGAGAAGGCAAAGGCCGCUGAGGAAGCAAAGGCCGCUGAGGAAGCAAAGGCUACUGAGGAAGCCAAGGCUGCUGAGGAAGCCAAGGCCGCUGAGGAAGCCAAGGCCGCUGAGGAAGCCAAGGCCGCUGAGGAAGCCAAGGCCGCUGAGGAAGCCAAGGCCGCUGAGGAAGCCAAGGCCGCUGAGGAAGCCAAGGCCGCUGAGGAAGCCAAGGCUGCUGAGGAAGCAAAGGCUGCUGAGGAAGCAAAGGCAGCUGGAGAGGUCAAGGCAGCUGAAGAGACAAAAGCUACUGAAGAACAAACUGCCAGCAUGGAAACCAAUACUGGUGAGGAAUCCAAGGUCACUGAAGAAACCAUGGAGGAUGACAAGGAGUUUGAUGAAGAGGAGCAAAUGGAUGUAUCUACCAGCCAAGAUAUAGCCCAAUCCACAGGUCAGCUUACUCAAGAAGAUGCUAAACCUGAAAUGACGUCUCAAGAAGAAGGGACGGAGGAAGUCGAGGACAAAGGAGAAGGAGCAGCAGAGGAAGGAGAAGGGCAGGAGAUGACAGAUGCAGUGGGUGUAGAUUCUGAGGAAAAAGAAGAAGGCAUCGAAGGUGUGAAAGUUGAUGAUGACGAUGAUGAUGAUGAUGUGGAAGAGGCUGAGGGGGAGUUUGAAGAAGACGUAAUUGUAGAAGGAGCGCCAGAGGGGAAGAAGGUGUCUCCUAGUCCUAGGAGGGGUGGUAGGAGAGGACGAGGACGUGGACGUGGGAGAAGACGUUAGAGUUUUCGCAGGUCAAUGUGAAAAACUCUUUCUGAAGUCCAGCUAGGGACAAAUUCUCAAUGAAUCAUUGUGAGGGAAGAAGGGUAUGUUGAGGCAUGUCAUGAUUUUGUAUACAUAAGGAUAAAGAAUUUAGUUACAGAAUAGAUGAGUUACAUGAGUGGGUGAAGGGAUCUUGUGAGAGGGGAUAGGAAUGUAGUGAAAGAUCUUUGGAAAAGAUGUUGCUGAGGGCAAGAAAUGGCAAGAGACAUGUUAUUACAUUGUUCCCAGGGGGUGGGGUAGGCUACGUGGUUUGGGUAUAAUGAGUACAAGAACAAAACCUCUACCCAGGGAUUUUUCUGACGGAUGAGAAUGUACUUGUAGAAGAGUGAAGAAAACAGGUGAAGGUUGUUAUGUACAUAUUUCAAAGUAAUUACAGCUUUGGAAUUAUUUUUUUCUUGUGAUUCAAAACUUGUCCAUAAAACAUGAACUUUACAGUUGUCAAAAUAGGAUGGAUAACAAAUGUCUCCAUAUUUCUAGAUCAUCUGUUUUAAAUAAGCAAAUCAUGUACAUGUAGGUGUGAACAGUAGUGUUAUCAAGGGAGACAAGGGGCUCUUAACCCCAGAUGCCACAUUCACCCAUUUUCAGGAUGGCACCCACCUUUGUCUGAUAUACUAACUAUAAAGUUUUGAAGGAAUGUAAUUUCAUUCUGCACCAAGUACUAUCCUUUUUAGAUUUUUCACGGGGUGCAAUACAGUAUUGAACAUUUCCUAAAUUUAGUAGAUACCAAUGCAAUUAUAUUUCUUACCCUUGAUAUUUAGGGACACAUGAUAUGGAUUUAUUGAUAAGGAAUAAUGCAGCAAAUAAAACAUAAAGUAUACAUUACUAUACAAGAAAUAUACAGGCUUCUGCAUAAUUUUGGUAUAAUAUUUGUUGGCUUUAUUGCUUAAAUCACUAUUUUCUCUGAAUCAAAAUAUUUUGAAGCACCUGUCAGAUGAAUAUUCAGUAUGGAAUUAAUAGAGUAGCAUAAAUAUUGACAUUUUGAAUGUGUAAAUGUAUCUAGUUUUUAUUUUGAUAUGAGUGUAUGUGUUUGUUUUUUAUUUUUCCUUCAUUUUUGUAUAAUUUUUUUGAUAGCAAGUGAAUAAGAAGGGAGUAAGAUUCACUUGCUAUUAGUUCUGAAUAGCGAUGGCAUUUUCCUUCUCUUUCGAUCUAGGCUCUGACAUUCAAAUCAAGAUGUAUGCUGUAUGGAAGUCAUCUGGGCAUCACUUUUCAUGUGAAAUUUGAACCAUUUGGAUGCCUAAUAAGUAGAGUUAGGGAGAGAUGUGACUAACAUGACAUAAUAUAUUACCUUGUAUAUUUCUCAUCUCAAUGAUCUUACAGUUGCCAAAAGUAAAUAUUCUUUUUCAAAGGAGUCUAUAUAGCAGGUAUUUCCCAUGUUUUUCACAAAGUCUUUGGUCACUUCCCAUUUAAGCCGACACUCAUCUGAAAGUGCCAUGAUUCAAGAACAGGAUAUAUUCUGCAUUCAGAGUUGGGUGUUUUGUUGCAUUAAAUGGUCUAUCAUUUUUCUGCAAAGUUUAUACAGCAUGCCAUCUAUUAUCAAAUGUCUUUUUACAUGUUGACCUUUGUGUAUGAUUUUAACUUUUCACAAUUUCAUGUACUGAAGUAGUCUUUAUUGUGCUUUAUCAAAAGUGUUAAACAAUUAUCAUUUUUGCUAAAUUUUAUAAACAGGGAGUAUACUGAGAUUCUGUUAAUGAUGUGAAGAGGGUCUUUUUAUGCCUUCUCAUCAUGUUACAAUGAUGUCUUUUUAAAAUAAAUCUUCCAAAUCUUAAAAUAUUUCUAGAAUCAAUGUUUUAUUGCAUUUUUCCAAGUAAAUUAUCAUUUUAUUUGAAAUGCAGGAAAUUCCAAUGAUUUUCUUGGUCAUUCUUAGAGAUAGAUUUAUUGUCAUUUGAAAUUCAAGUAAUGUUGCCAUUGUGAAUAAAUUUGUCCUUUCGUAAAUGCAUCCCCAUAGAAACAUAAAAACUUCAGAAAAGGCAAAUAGUUGGUUGAUGAUAGAUUGUAAGAUUGGUGUAUAGAUACAAAUGUAAUUUCACAAGAUUGUGUGUUCUCACAGAACUUCUGUAGUAGACAAAUAUGUCAUUCUAGAAAUGUGAGCUUUCAUUAUCAUGAUUAUUCUUGAUACAAAUGAGCUAUUGAAUUUUCUCAUUCAAACAAGUAAAUUUAUUAAAUUCAUUCAUGAUAGGUUUUACUAAGUAAUUAAUUUGUUUGUUGUACCUUGCAUUGUAAGCCCAUAUUUUGUUAAUAAACCACUGUGACUUUGUCUGAGCCAUGA